AUGGAAGGACACGAGUACAACAGAACAGAAGAUGACUCCCAAAUCAGCAAGAAAGGUAUCGAGUCGGUCAAGCCAAACUACAAGGGACUCAGAACAAAGGUUAUGGAUUGUUUGGAUGAACUUAUUCUUUCCAGAGACAAGAAUAGAAUUUUACAAGACGAGCUUGAUGGAUUGUCGAGCAAUUUCCAAAAUCUUAAUCAUGACCACUCUGACACCUACAAGGAGCUGAUCAACUUGAAGAAGCAACUUUCUGACAGUGAGAAGGUUUGUAGAGCUCUCAAGGAACAAAAGCAAGAACUUGAAGAUAGCGUCAAUGAGUUGGAAGAGCUCUUAGACAAUCACCAAGAAGAAGAGAAGAACAGAUUGAGAUUUGUCUACUCAUUGUAUAAAUUGUUGAAGGAGACUCCAACCAAUGACAAGAGAAAUGGAUCACCUCUGAGAGGCAGAUCACAACCAAUGGAGAACGAUGAACCUAUUAGCUGGGAGACCUUCCAAUCUUUAUUCUCUGAGCAAGUUACGACUCACCUCGUAGAAAGAGAAUCCUUGAAGAAGGAAGUUGCUGCUCAAAAGGAAAAGCUCAACGAUCAAGCUCAAAAACUUGAUGAAGCCUUCAAGACCAUUAAGAGCAUAACAGAAAAGUAUGAAUCUGAAAAGAAUGAAUUACAAAAGAAGAGUCAAAAUGAGCUCGACGAGCAACGAAACAAGUUUGAACACCAAAUCGAAAUGCUCGAGAUUGACUACUCUGAAAAGAUUAAGGAGCUAGAGGACACCCUCCGUGAAUUACAAGAACAAUUCUCUGAACUUCUGGCAAGUUGA